GACUGUUACUCACUAUCUCGACUAGCUUCCCGAAGUGUAUCACGACAAGGCUCUUAAAAUGAAGGAAACUCACUUGAAAAUCGGACGACAAAUUUGCGGCGCAGUUGGGUUUUGUUAACAACAGCGUUCCACUAGGCAAAGUUCCUAACGACUAGCAAACUUUCUUUGGAAAGUUAAACCGUCGACCGCGGGGCGGGAGGGGUCUUAGCGGUUCACCUUGUGAAUAAGUGAUCCAAGGGGGCCAACCUCUCCCUGGAUGACAUCACUCCAGCUCGGUGCUUGUUGGGUCGUCUGGAGUCCUCUCACGACUCUAGUCCCCCGCUGUGAUCGUCAGCGAUGGUUCACGCCAUUCAUUCUGAAACACAGACUCAGGAAACACACACACAGCUCAUCUACUGUUCUCCGGACACUUAUUGCAAAUUGGCCAGUAUGACAGAGGAAAGCCGGGGCAAACGGAGGAAACAAGCCAACCCCAAGAGAAGUAAAGUGGAGCGGGUGUGUUCGCUGGGCUCGGAGGGGGAGGAUGAGCAGGGGGGCGUGUGGAGCAUGGAGCCCCAGGACUGCCAGGGGAGUCCCGGCCUGACCCCCAGCCACGGGACGGUGGACACGGCAAGCCACUGCAGCAGCCGCUCACCACCGCCCCUAGCGCCGCCCACAGCGCCGCCCCACGGCCUCAGCGGCCCCGGGGGCAGGCAUCCCUGGGCCCUGCAGACCGCUGACCCGCUGGGGGGUGGGGGAGACGAGGGGGCCAUCGCCCUCCUGACCCCCAGAGACGGGGAACAUCAGCAGGGAGCCAUCGCUUACCAUCGUAAGACCACAGACUUCCCAUGUGCCUUAGAGGACCUGGCCCACUACGAGUUCCUGGCCCAGCUGAGGAAGGCCACCACCUCGGACGCCACCCAAAAUGGCGGCGACUCCCUCUACCACCGCCGGCAGCACGGCGGCGGUCGGCACGACGAGCUACCCCCUGCCAUCUGGUCCCCAGGGGCCCAGCACUGCUCCACUGAAACACUCGACGGGACCGACGGCGUGAGGGGCCCGCACGUGUCCUGUCCCUUCUGCCAGAGGAACUACCUGCAGGGGCCGGCCCUCACGCAGCACGUCAGAUCCUGCCCGGAGAAGCACGCCGCGCACAUGGUCUGCCCGCUCUGUGGAUACACUGCCACCUGCAGGGCCCAGAUGGAACAGCACCUGGUGCUGCACAACCAGGUCCACGACAAGAAUUCCAUCGGCUCGGACCAGGGCCCUGAGACCAGGAAGUUCAAAUGCCAGCAGUGUGGCAAGGCCUUCAAGUACAAACACCACCUCAAAGAACACCUGCGCAUUCACAGCGGUGAGAAGCCGUACCAGUGCUCCAACUGCAAGAAGCGCUUCUCCCACUCGGGUUCCUACAGCUCCCACCUGAGCAGCAAAAAGUGCCUGAGUGGAGGAGGAGGAGGAGGAGGAGGAGGAGGAGGAAACAUGGCUGAAGCUGCGGGCAUCUUCAACAGCCUCGUCAAAGCCUCCCACUUCCUCCCCAUCCACCACCACCGCCACCAACACCACCUCCACCACGCCUUCCCCACGUCUCCCCCUGCUGGCGGGGAGAGGAACUCAAACGGCCGGCACUCUCCGUUCUCUCCCAGCUCCUCAGACAGCCUGGUGUUCCCGGAGCCCCAGCGGCAGCAGCUGUUGUUGUUGUCCCCGCGGGGCGGCCCCCAGAAGCCCUCCGCGUUCCAAAGGGCCGGGGGCUUCUCCGGGCUGUGGGACCCCACGGCGGAGCUGAGGGCCAACGGGUUCAAGAGCACGGCCCUGCUGCCGUACCUCCAGUCAGGGGCCAAGUUCGAGGAGGUCCUGCAGAGGAUGCUCCACAGGGAGGGCAAGAGACCCCGGGAGGAGGGGGGGCUGGAGGAGGAGCAGGAGGAGGAGGAGGAGGAUGAGGAGGAGAGGGACAGAGCAGGAGGAAGAGGAGGAGGAAGAGGAACGGGAGCCGCCAUGGAGAAGAAGAGGCGGGUGACAGAGAACGGAGGCGGGAUGGCCGGGGAGGGGAGGGCCGUGCUGGGGGCGACGUGUCGCUGGUGCCUGCAGCUCUUCCCCAACGCGGCCGUGCUCCUGCAGCACGAGCGCUACCUCUGCAAGGUGACCCGGGGGGCGUCGGAGACCCCCGCCGGGGGCCCUCACGGCCAGGGCCACGCCUCUCCGCCCCUCCUCUUCUCCAGAGCCUCCUUCCCGCCGGCCGACGGCCGCCCUGCGGACACGUCGCCCAGGCGGAAGCCCCCCCUCCGCCCCGCGGCCCCCCAGCAGCUCCUGUUCCCCGCGCAGUCCUCCCCGACCCGGCCCCGCCCCGACGCCCUGUCCCCGUACUCCUACUGGCCCGGGCAGCCGGGCCUCAGCCCCGCCCCUCCAAUCAGCCCGUCCGCACCGCUGCCCUCCCCCAAGGCCAGGAUCAGAGUCCCUCCCGCCGGGUCGGGUUCGCCUCUCUGCCUCGCCGCCCCCUGCGCCCGCCCCCCCGGGGUCUCCCCGCCUCAGCACCAGACGGCCCGCCACCUCAAGGGGAGCUGGCCCGGGGGCUCUCAGAACGACCAGCCUCUGGACCUCUCCCUGCCCAGGCAGCCCUCCGGCGGAGACGCCGGGGGCCACACCUCCAACGGGAAGCCCGCCAAAGAGGAGAGGGUGGAGGCGGAGCCCCAGCAGAGGACCAUCCUGAGUCCCGGCCGGCCCCUCUUACACCCCCACCACCUGGCCUUCGGAGGGGGCGGCGCGCCCCUGUUUGGGUACGACGGGUUCUCGAUGCUCGGCCCCAGGGCCCAGGCGGCCCUGGCUCUGCAGGGACACAAAGGCCUGGCGUCUCUUCCCCUGGGUCACCCGGCACACAGCGCAGACUUCCUCUCGCCCAUGGCCUACGUGAUGGAGAGAGACACCGAGGCCAUGCUGAAGAGAAUCCACCAGGACAGGCAUGCUCUUGUGAGCGAGGCCUUGAGUCGCGGUGUUCCGGACUGCCGCUCCCUGGGGGACGAGGGGACGGAGGGGGAGGCAGGACCGGGCCGCAAGAGGCUGAGGAAGACGGAGGAAGGCCUGUACGCCUGUGACAUCUGCCAGAAGACCUUCCAGAAGAGCAGCUCGCUCCUGCGGCACAAAUAUGAGCACACAGGCAAACGUCCUCACGAGUGCCAGAUCUGCAGCAAGGCGUUCAAGCACAAGCACCACCUCAUAGAGCACAGCAGGCUGCACUCGGGGGAGAAGCCCUACCAGUGUGACAAGUGCGGCAAGCGCUUCUCCCACUCGGGCUCGUACUCCCAGCACAUGAACCACCGCUACGCCUACUGCAGCCGGGACCAGGAGCCCGACCAGGACCCGGACCAGGACCACGACAUGCCCCUCACCCCGGACGGGACGGGGACGGGCAGCGAUUUCGGGGCACAACUGCCCGCCGGCGAGACCCCCCCCUCUCUGGAUGACUCCCAGACCCCUCACUCCUUCCUCAGCGACUCCAGCCUGGACGGGGGGCACGUUGGGCUGAUGAGCAGGGAGGAGGAGGAGGAGGAGGAGGAGGAGGAGGAGGGGGAGGAGGAGGAGGAGGAGGAGGACGGUUACAAUAUAAUUGUGUACAGGAUGAGUGACAGUUGCGCUGAGGAGGCACGGAAAGGUGCGCCGGGAGGAGAGGAGGCGGGGGGGCGGGGCCUGGGGGAGCCGUUGGCCGUGCAGGAACACCCGGCCCACGGCCUCGUGCUUCAAGGGCUGGGAGGGGCCAGGGGGGCGGAGAGAGCAGAGCUCCAGCAGUGGAGCGACAAAACAGGGCAACAGAAUGCAGCUGUGGAACAUAAACUGGGCCUGGACGCCGCUGAAUCGUGAAUCGACAAAGACAAUUAAUAUCCAAAUAUUUUUUUUAAGGUUUAUAUUAUGCGUGUCCUUAUUAUUAUUGCCCUCAAUGCGUCCGUUUUUGGGUAUCCCUAUAUUUAUGCCGGAUAAAAUAUCCUCAUCUUUCCGUCAACUCAUUAAAAACGACGCUGUUAGAACCAUAACAACAUCAAGGCUAUGCAAGCUAUAAAAUGUAAAAGAUUUUUCUAUGCAAUAUUAUACAAUCAUCUGACAAACUUGUUUUCAAUCCUUUUUCUUUCUCCAAUUUCUUUGUCC